AUGCCAAUCACCCGUGUCACGCUCUUCAAAAUCCCCGAAGAGGAGAACCGUCAGAAAGUAUUGUCCUUUUACAAGACAAUGCCCCAGGACGCUCUGAAGGACGGCAAACCCUACAUCCGCUCCGUCCGAGCCGGCCAUACCUUCGAAGACCAACGCCGGCAAGGAUACACGCUCGCCGUGGUUUCACAGUACGACACCGUUGAGGAUAUGAACUACUAUGACAAUGAGUGCCAGGCGCACGUCAAUCUGAAGUCCGCUGCGAAGGAUCUGCACCAGGGUGUCAUGGUGGUGUACUUUGAGUCUGUGACCGGGGAUGUGUAG